AUUCACUUUUCUCUAUCGCAUAAGGCAUGUAAACAGAAUACAGCAGUUCCUAUCGUAGUAUAGCAGAAUAAAAGCGUGUUAUUAACGUUAAUAAUAUUGGUACAAAUACGUUUUACUCCACAUAACUCGUGCAACUUAAUAAGUGAUGGUAAAGAAUUAUAAUGGAGCAUAAACUUACAAAACAUGAUGAUGCUGAGAUCUACACAGACUGUUCAGAAUCCACUGAUAUGUUCACAUUAGCGAGGCGGAUUGAUUCAAGUCUAAGCUCAAGCAUAAAGGACUUACUCAAGCAAGUCGAAUUUUUUAAUGCGUUUUUACAGUUCUUCGACAACGCCAUUCUGAUACCAGUGGGCAGUUCUCAGGAUGGAUCGAAAGUCAACGUUCCUGGUGACGGGGGAGACGUUGAUAUUUUACUUAUUUCAAAACUCGUGGUACUUAAUGAGUCAUUAUUUGAAUAUGACAGCUGUUACCCCGCAUUUCUGAGAGUUCGAUGCGAUGACACACAUUCAAAAUUGUUCAAAUCGAAACGUUUAGUCGAAGAUAUGUACGUACCAGUCAACGUUUUGAAGCAUUUAGAACGUAGAAUAUACGGUAUAAUGAGGUUUUUCGUAAGCGCCAUCUCCCGUCCAGGCAUAUCGGCCGACGGAAAACACUUCAACGCUUUCAAAGAAUCCGCAGUCGGUUUGGAGUUUGCAGAGCUAGAUGGAACUUCAACCAUGGUUGCUUUGAAUAUGCCUGAAUUUCCUGAUACGAGAAUUAAAAAUUGGGGUGUUGUAUUAAAGGUUGUUCAUAAUCUUCUGGACUCUUUCGAUGCUAUGGUUCACAAAUGUUAUCCACAUGAGUUCUGUAACUCACAGAGUCAAAAAACGUUUUCUAAUUUAGAAGAAAGCGUAACUAGUGCGGCGAAAAAACUUGCAGACAUGUUUAGAGACGACGGGAAUGAUGAUAAAGAUACUUUGAAAAUGAGACACGAAAUAAAAGAGCCCAAAACCGACCCGAUAUACAGAAAAAGUUUAAGCAACGAAAUUGGGGAAACAACUGAACUCCCUAAACUUAUGACUGCUGAUAUGGUACCUGCAUUUACUAUUCAAGGCUGGCCAAGGGUAGCCGAAGAGUGGAUAACAAGACAUCGAAAAUGGCCUUCGAAUAAUUUGGUCCUUAAUAUUGUACAAACUGGUUGCCAGAUCGUUGCUAAACGGCCAUUGUAUCCGACACUUAAUGGCGAUAGAAACAAUGAGGAUCAUUCUCAGGAAGUUGAUGAAAAUGACACAUGUUUUCGGCUGUCAUUUUCGCAGUGUGAACUUGCCUUGGCGAAACAGCUUUCGGAGGUACCGCUUCUAUGCUGGAAGAUUUUGAAGGCGUAUCAAAAGGCGUUUCUUCGAACAGAACCACCAGUACUUACUUCGUAUCAUUGGAAAACUGUUUUAUUUUGGAUCAGAGAAGACACCGAUGACGACUUCUGGUCCGAACCGAAUAUGAUGAAUUGCGUUAUAAAAGCUUUGGAUUUCAUGAUAAAUUGUUUGAAGGACCGUUUUCUACCUUUAUUUUUUGUCCGUGGAGAAAAUCUCAUCGCAGGAUGUCGUGAUGACCUUGUAGAUAUAACUCUAGAAAAGGUGAUUGAAAUUCGUAAGGCACCUCGCAAGUACCUGAAUACUGUUUUAGAAAAUCCACCGAAGCCCGAAGUUUACAUUAUUUCGAAAGAUAAAAUAAAGGAAUAUUUAUCCGCUGAAAGUAACAACAAUAUGGUAGAAGAUAUAUGUAAUAAUAUGUUGCACGAUUUUUGGUAUUCCAUGCCAUGGGAUAUCACCAACAAUGCAGACGAAUGCAGUAAAGAUCGAUAUGAUAGCAUCAUGAGAAGACUUCCCAAUAACCUCCGCAAUUGGCUUCAGUUAAUGAAGGGAGAGUGCAUGACUAAAUCUGCACAACUCAUUUUUACUGGUAUGGAGUCAUUGAUGGAAACUGUAUUCACAUUUAAUGAACACAGAGACAGUGCCAACUCAGACAGUGAAAAUGAACAAGUAAUAUAUUCGAGAAAGCAAACCAACAUACAUACGCCACUACAAGAAUCACAGAUGUGGGAUGUGCCUUCAAACGCAAACGUACAAAACGAUCAGACGAAAACAAAUGAUAGCUUCACAGUUAAAGCGAAUGAACAGCCACGUACAAAUGAAGACAUGGCUAAUGACAAGGGAACUAGUACAGUCGCUGAACCCUCGGACAAUUCUAGGAGUACAGUAAAAGUGGACGUUAAACUUAACGGAUAUCCUCAAAAAGUUUUAGACACAGCUGAUUACCAAAAAACGAACGAAGAAACGUCAAAAAAGUCGACUAAACAAAAAGACGAUUCAUUCAGUCGUACAGUUGAAGUGGGUUUUGAACUUCUAAAUGACCUCAUUCGACUAUCUGAAGAAGAAGAAGAAGAAAAUCAAGAAAGCGAUAAAGGAAAACGUGAGUCCGGUUCAGGUUUAAUCAGAGUUGCUGGAAAUUGUGCUUGCAAUUUGAUUCAGUCAAUGAAGGAAGAGAGCAAGACUCACUCUGAACAACUUAUUUUAACAGGAUUUGGGUCAUUGAUGGAAACUGUCUGUACCAUACCAAAGGAAAAAGACAGUAAAAAAUCAGACAGUGAAAAAGAACAGGUAAUAUAUUCAAGAGAGAAAACCAGCAAAAAUACGAAGGAUAUUCCUUCAAAAGAAAACGUACACAAUGAUCAGACGAGGAACGCAAAUGAUAGCUUCACAGUUCAAUCGAAUGAACAUCCACGUACAACUGAAGACAUGGCUGAUGACAAGGCAUCUUGUGCAGUCGCUUCGAGUAAGUCCACUGAACCAUCAAACACUUUUUUGAGUACAGUAAAAGUGGACGUAGAACUCGGCGAAUAUCCAAAACAAGUUAACGAAAAAGCUGAUAAACAAAGUACUAAUGCGGAAAUUUCAAAUAAGUCGACGAAACAAAAGGCCAAUUCAUGUAGUCGAAAAAUUAACGCGGGUUUGACACUUCUAAAUGACUUCGUUCGACUUGUAUCUGAAAAAGAUCAAGAAAGCGAUGAAGGUGAACGUGCGUCCGGUUCAGGUUUCGUCCGUUUUGCUGGCAAAAUAAUAAGAGAUUUCCAACAGCAACUUGGUGAAGAUACUGAUAACAACAAUGCCAACAUGACCAAUUCAAGCAAUACAAACAGAUCCUCGAAGGCACCAUGUGACUUCGACCUUGAUUGACGUUAUGAGUUCUUCGAAAACCGACCACAGUCAAUACCGGCCCCUGUCUAAACCUUUCAAAACGCCAACACCUGUCACAAAUAAUGUUAGUGUUGCCAAAAACGUCACAAACAAAUUAAGAUGUAUGUUCAACCACUAAUUAAUAUGUAUAAAUCUCGUAAAGGAUCUAUGCCGAACAAAUUCCCUUAGUGCAUAAUGCGUUAUUUAUAUAUUGUCAAACAGCAGUGCAGAACUUUUAGGAAUAAAUAUAUGAACACUUUUUUGUAAGACAUCAAUCUAUCUUAUAGGCCUCGUUAACGUUAAUUCUUUGAAUUUCAUGUAUAAAAAUAAACAUUUUCACAAGAUGUGACAUUACACACAAGUAUUUCCUUGUAAAGAAUCAGUACAGAAAUAACUGAACAAGGACAUGACAACAAUUGCCAUGCCAACAACGGAAAUGAAACUUAAUAAUCAUUGAUCUGGAACUGAGACAUUGUCAGUUAAGAUAUGAGCACGAACAUUUAAAAUGACUUAUAACAGAGUGAUCAUAAGAAUAAACAUCUGACAGGAAAUAAAAUUAAUCUUAGGCAUUCAAUAUUACGGAAUAUCACGUUUUCAUGUAUUUCCGGUGUUUCAUUAUUCCUUGAUAUUAAACAAAACGAUAUUUGUUUAUGCCCUUAUGUUUGUUUGGUUCCGGUUAAAAUGUCAACACGUAUACUGAAAAUGAAAUUUAUGAAUUAAAAAAAACGCGAGUGAUCUGAAUAAAUGUGAAUGUUUUAAAUGGAUGGAUUAUAUUAAUACGGACUAUUGCAAGAAAUUCAAGUAAUGAAAUUAUGUUUUAACGUGCUUUAAAUGAUUUAUUUAGCUUACAAUUUCCCCCGCUUGAUUUACGAGCGGGUGGGGAACCCUAUUCUUCAAAUUUUAUAUAGAUAUUUAUAGCAAUCACAAACUUUUCAAUAAGCUUACAAACAUGUUUUAAUCUGUAAGCUUAAUAACCCUCUAUGUUCAGUGAAUUCGUCACGCAUGACCAGGACAUAUAAUUGAUAAUUGAAUAUAGGAAGUCGCGACGAACUGAAAUUAACCGUUAACACUUUGCACGAGGAAAAACUGACAAACACUUAAUAACUUCACAAUAAUGAGCAAAAGACAGCACUCAUCAACUGCAAGUGAAAGCAACUUAGCUGAUACUAGCAUCAUUGAUUUACCCGUUUUUGAAACUCCCAACUCAAAUAAACAAAACAAGCAAACCAAAAAAAGAGGAAAAAAAUCGAAGACGGAACAGGACAAAACAAACCAAAAAAGUAUGGCGGACUUUGUAACCAAAACCGCGAUUGAGAAAACUGAAACCUCAAUUGAAACACGCCUUGAUGAAAUUUGCUCCAAAUUGUCCAAUGUGCUCACUAAAAAUGACACAUCCUUAAUAAAAAAUAUAAUCAAGGAAACACUGGAAGAAAUUAAAGAAAAAUUCCUUGGAAGUGUAUUGAAAAAGCUAGAAAUAAUGGAAGGCAGCGUUUUUGAGCACAAAAAUGAGAUCGAUGCCUUAAAAAAACAAAUCAAAGAUCAGAAGAGCGAAAUAGAUGCCAUGAAAGAAAAACAAUGCGAAGCUGAGUUUAGCCAUGUUUCAAGUCUAAACGAUCUAGAACAAUAUGGAAGAAGAAACAGCAUCAGGAUAUCUGGCCUCCCAAAUGAUACGGACCAACAAUCAUCGAUAGACGUGGCCGAACAAUCGGUGAACAUGCUCAAUCAAAAGCUUGGCCUUAGACUUGGAAUUACGGAUGUCGACGUGGCAUCGUCUUGGUAAAUAUAUAUCAAAUAAAAGCCGGACAGUCAUACUCAAAUUCGUCAGGCGCCAAACAAAAGUCGAUGUUAUGAAACGUGUCAAGCUUUUAAAGGGAACUGGCAUUUACUUAAAUGAAGACCUUACAAAGACAAAUGCAGAAGUCUUAGCAUCACUGCGUCUGAAGGAACCUGAUAUAGUAGAGAAGGCCUGGUCCCGAGACGGAAAACUGUUCGUGCGCUACCGAGGACAGGAGCGCAUCGAACUAGUGUCAUCUGACAAAUACAGGUUGCGGCUGGCUAAGCCAUGGCCAAACAAAAACCAGGUGAAAUCCGGAACAACAUACGCCCGCAAAGUUUCAGAUGGAGGCAACUCGAGACCUGCCAACAGAACAUAAACAUCAGAACAGUGGCAAUAGCUCUGGUCCCGGAUAUGGCUCCUUUGUUUACCUAUCAAAAUGUUGUAUUGCAAUUAUUUCUUAUUCCUGUUGUUUUUGGUACAUGUAACAUGCUAAACACACACACACACACACACGCACGCAUGCAAUCAGGCACGCACCCACCGAUACAUCGUAACCUACACCCCAUAAAACACGCGAGAAUACACAUGCGCGAUCACGCAUUCACACACACACGCGCGCAUGCAUUCACAGACAAACACACGCGCGCGCGCACGUGCGCACGUACACGCACACACAUUAAACUGAUGGAUGCGCACAUUUGUAUAUGUAUAUAUAUGUAUAUGUAUGUGUGUGUGUGUGUGUGUGUAUGUAUGUAUAUGUAUGUGUAUAUAUGUAUAUAUAUAGAGAGAUAGAUAUAUAUGUAUAUAUAUAUAUUGGUAAUGUGUAACUUUUUACAUAGUGAAUACUUUUUUUGAGUUACUUCCCCUUGAUAAAAUGUUUGCAUGAAAUAAACUUUUUACCAUAUCAAAACACAGAUUUAAUUGCAAAGAAAACGUAAACGUUAUUAACAGGGAGUAUAGUUAUAAAAGAUAAGGGUAUUUUUUAUGUCUGUAUACUACCGGUUUACUGAUUUGAUAAUUUUUACGACGUGAGAAUAUUUAUAAAUUUAAAGUUUAACAUUAAAUGAACAUCUGUAUAUUUGGGCUAUAGCUGAAUACCCACAAGGUCUUUUUUAAAUGCUACUUAAAAUAAUGAUAUAAUUCUUUGUUAUCAUUCCGUUGCUGUUUAAUAUGUCUGUGUACAGAUUUGAUGAUUUAUUUGGUCAAUUUUUCUCGAAUAAUGUUAAGGGAUAAGUAUUGUGUAGUGUUGUCGUGUUUGUCUUAUAAACACCAAAAAAUGUAAUAAAUGUAAGAGAUACAUUUGCUAAAUACAAUAUACCAUCCCUUUUCUAAUCUAUAUUGUUCUGUAUUUUAUCUUGUUUUUUUUUACUUAUCAUGCCUAUAAUAUUAAAUAUGUCCGUUUACAGAUUGGAUGAUUUACUUGGUCAAUUUGUCUCUAGUAAUAAAAGUAAGAGAUACAUUUGCUAAAUACAAUGUACCGUCCUUUUGCUAAUCUAUACCGUUUUGUAACCUAUUUAUCUUGAUCUUCACUUCAUUAUCCAGUUUUACUGAACUUUGUUUGAUAACUAAAAAUACUGAUUUAAAUAGACAAAAUCUGUGCUAUAACAAUUAAUUAAUUUUAAUUAGUAAUACUUAAGCUUAUACACACUAUCAAACAGCAUUUUAACAUUUAAACAAAUUUCGUUUUCAUUUAAGUUUAGAUGUAAAAAAAAUGCCAAUGAUCACUAUCUAGAUUAAGCAUUGGUCAUUACCAAUUUCCUGUUGAACAUUCUUUUAAGUAAGACAACUCAGGAUAAUAACCCGCUCACAGCUAACGGUUAAUAGGGAAUAUGCAUUUUUUUAUGUGAGGUUGAAUGCUAACGGUUGAUAAUAUAAUGGGUUAUUUGUAUUGAUCCGUUGAGUGAAUGCAUUGUACGUCUGCUUAUGAAAACACUUUGACAGCUGUUAUGUUUGCUUUUGUGUUUUUGAAAUAGUCAUAUUUAAGUUGUGCAAACAAUUUCCGUAUAUUUAUUCUCUUCUUAAUAGUGCGACUUUUUAGGAAACACAAUAUAUUUGUAUUGAAGUGUUUUUUUAUUACUAUUUAUUAUUAUGUACGGGAAUUUGCUUCUAUAAAUGAAAUAAAAUUAUGAACACAUGCGUAUGGUACAAGUGUCAGUACAAACCAUUAUAGCAUAUAAAUAACGAAAACAUAAUAAAUUAAAUAAUAAAUAAAUUAUAAAUUAUAAAUAAAUUAAAUAUUUGUAUUAAAGUGUUUUUUAUUACUAUUUAUUAUUAUGUGCGGGAAUUUGUUUCUAUAAAUAAAAUAAAAUUAUGAACACAUGCAUAGAGUCCAAGUGUCAGUGCAAACCAUUAUAGCAUAUAAACAACGCAAACAUUAUAAAUUAAAUAAUAAAUACAUUAUAAAUUAUAAAUAAUUUAAAAAUUAAAUAAAUUAUAUGUGUAUUACAUAAAGUUCGAACAAUCGUUAUAUGAACAAAUAUAUUCAAUUGGUAUCUAAUGGGUACUAAUAAAUACCUUAAUUAUAUCUUAAGCGAAUGCACUACUCAGGCUUUAUGAAUACAUGAGUACUGUAUAUAUGCACACAUAGUUGUUGUUACGCUUUGUACGUGUUCUUACUUAAUUGUUGUGAUCGUAUACAUGAGUACUGAAUAUAUGUACACAUUGUUGCUGUUACACCGUGUACGUGUUCUUACUUUAAUUACUGUGAUUGUAUACAUGAGUACUGCUUAUAUGCACACAUUGUUGUUGUUACGCCUUAUACGUAUUAUUAAUUUAAUUACUGUGUUUGUAAGUACACAUUAAUUUUUUGCGUUUGAAGAUUAUGUUUUAUGUAGGUCUACAGUAGUCGCGUCAAAUUUAAUAGUAUACUAUGUAAUGCAAUACUAUUAGAUAUAUAAGUUUUCCAUGAGCUGACAAUAUGCUAUUGGGCGUUUUCAUGCUAUAAUAAAUACAGUCAUACACAAUUAAGAGCACACACACGCGCGCAGACACAUACACGCACUGCUAUUUUUGUUACAUGCAUACACGCAUCCACUGAAAAUAUUUUUGUUACAUACAUAGACACUUCAUUUAAAAAAGGCCAUUAUGGCUGUCUAAACUUUCGAUUUUCGUGUUUUAGAUUGCCAUAGAGUGGCGUCUCUUAAUACAUACUAAAUAGUUUAAAAUUAUAUUCUAGUUUUGCUUGGUAAACCGUAGCGGCAAUCUAGCGUGCACUAGGUUGCCACAAUGUACGGGAACUUUUAUGAAUGAAAUAAAAUUAUGAACACAUGCAUACACACACGAACAUAAUAAAUACACUAUGAUAAAUUCAAUUAUUAAAACUCCAAAUAUGACCAAAAGGAAAUAAAGUAAGUAUAUUGUUUCUUUCAGUUGUUUGCAUUAAAUAUUAUCUUGCAAUAGUGAUUUAUGAUUAUAUUUACUGACUUGUAUAUGCUAUUUUUAUUUUAUUCAGAUCAUUUUAGAUGUCGAAAGGAUACCCUAAAAUGUUCACUUAUAAUAGAAAGCAACUGGACUUUAAAAAACAUAAAAAUCAACUGGACAAGCACACACACACAUUAUCAUUACAACACCCUUCACCAUUUUAAAUGAUUAAAUUAUGUACUUUGAAUGUAAAAGGGCUAAACAAUAAAGAUAAACGCAUAAAAAUCUUCAAAUGGUUAGACGAAAAAAAAUAUAGUAUAUGCCUAUUACAAGAAAGUCACUUGACACAUACCUUAGCACAAACCUUUAAAGAUGAAUGGGACGGAGACAUCUUUCUCAGUGGACAACAUACUAAUAAACAAGGCAUUGCCUUUCUAAUAAAAAAUAAUAUAGGGAUCACAGUCGAUAACUUUAACGAAAUAAUAAUUGGCAGACAAGCAAGUAUAGAUAUAAAAAUACACGAAACACAAUUAACAUUAAUCAACGUUUACGGCCCUAACAUAGAUGAUUCCACUUUUUACGAAACAUUACAAUCCUUUAUAAAUAAUAACCAAGAUAAAAACAUUAUAGUCGGUGGUGAUUUCAAUACUGUUCUUAACCCAUUAUUAGAUAAAAAAAAGGGAAACCUUUAUACUCAUCCUAAAAAUAGAAACAUUUUAAAUAACAUAAUUGAAAAUUACAAUAUGAUAGACAUCUGGCGUACAAUAUAUCCAAACGAAAGCAAAUUCACAUGGCACUCAAACACAAAACCAACAAUAUUUUGUAGAUUAGACUAUUUUUUAAUAUCCGAGUCUCUUUGCAACAUUAUUGACACAUGUAAUAUAAAACCAGGAUUUAUGACUGACCACUCUCUAGUUGAACUUAAACUACACAAUAUGCAACCUGAAAGAGGCCCAGGAUACUUUAAAAUUAACAACAGCAUCUUAUUAGAUACACAAUAUCAAACACAAAUAAAACAGGAAAUAUUAAAUACAGUUCAAAAUAACAAAGAUGCAAACCCAAACACCUUAUGGGAAGUAAUUAAAGGAAAUAUACGUAACACAACAAUUAGAUACACAUCAUUUAAACAAAAAGAAACACACAAACUUGAAACUGAAACCAUCAAAACCAUUGAAACACUUGAAAAACAAUUGCAUCAAACAAACACAAUUGAUACCACCGACAUUGAAAAUGAAAUAACAUUAAAAAAGCAAAUAUUAGAUGGAAUCUAUCAUACAGAACUCAAUGGAAUAAUACUAAGAGCGCGUGCACAGCAUGUUGAACACAAUGAAAAAAAUACAAAAUACUUCGCAAACAUCGAAAAACGUAGAAGUGAACAAAAAACUGUACACAAAUUAAUAGUCAAUGGCGAAGAUAUAACAAACAAAACUCAAAUACUAGAAGAACAACGUUUAUUUUUCGAAACCCUCUACAAACGAAAACAUGUUGAAAAUAACACCCUUUUUAAAAAUACACAUCACACUUUAAAUCAAGAAGAACAACUAUUGUGUGACGGAUUACUAAAUGAAUAUGAAUGUGGAUUAGCACUAAAAGAAAUGCAAAAUAACAAAAGUCCAGGAUCUGAUGGCAUCACCAUUGAGUUUUAUAAAAUAUUUUGGAAUGAUAUCAAAACGCAUUUAAUUAAUUCACUAAACCAUUCAUAUAAUAAUAAAAACCUAACAACGCUUCAAAAACAAGGUAUUAUAUCACUCAUUCCAAAACCUGGAAAAAACUUAGAAUCCUUAUCAAACUGGCGCCCAAUUAGCUUACUAAAUAAUGACUAUAAAAUUGCAACUAAAAGUAUAGCAAACAGAAUUAAAAAAAUAUUACCAUCAAUCAUUUCAAAAUCUCAAUCUGGUUUCAUAAAAGGACGUUACAUUGGUAAAACGUUCGUCUUAUCCAAGAAUGCAUAAACUAUUUCAACAAUUCAAACAAUCCUGGUCUAAUAUUCUUUGCAGACUUUGAAAAGGCAUUCGAUUCACUUGAUCAUUCAUUUAUGUUCUCUUGCUUAGAAAAUAUGAAAUUUGGUGAAAGUCUCAUUCAAUGGGUCAAACUAUUCUAUACCGAUAUUAACAGUAUAAUCAUUAACAAUGGUUUCUUUUCAAACAGUUUUAACAUCGAACGAGGGGUUCGACAAGGAUGUCCACUAUCAUCAUCGCUAUUUAUUAUUUGCAUCGAGUAUCUAUCACAUCACAUCCAAUCAAAUAAACACAUAAAAGGCAUAUCACUAGAACCUGAUGAAGAUAUCAAACAGUCCCUAUUUGCUGACGAUGCAACUUACUUCUUAAACGGCAAUUACGAUUCUUUCCAUAACCUAAUAGAGUCACUUACCAUUUACGGAAUGACAUCGGGUCUUAAACUAAACAAAAGUAAAUGUACUGUGCUACGAGUAGGUAAAUUAAAACAAAGUAAUGCCCUAUAUAAAAAAGAAAUGAAAUUUAAUUGGACAUCCGAUGAAGCCACAACGUUAGGAAUUACUUUCACAAAUAAUGAAAACGAUACAGUUCUUAAAAACAUACUACCUAAAUUUCGGAACUUUAAAAACUGCUUAAAAUCAUGGCAUCACCGUAAACUUACACUGAUCGGAAAAAACACAGUAUUGAAAACGUUUGCACUUCCUAAAUUAAUUUAUGUAUUCACAGUUCUCCCAAAUCCACCAAAUGAUAUUAUUAACGAUAUAAAAUCAGCAAUAUUUAAUUUCAUAUGGGACGGUAAGCCUGAUAAAAUAAAACGAACUCAAUUAAUUCAAUCUGUAGAAAAUGGAGGUAUCCAAUUAACGAACAUUGACUCAUUCUUGAAUGCAAUCAAAUGCAGCUGGGUUAAAAGAUACCUAGAUAAUACCAAUACGAGUAAAUGGAAAUUAUUCUACCAGAAAAUCCUAAAAAAAUAUGGUGACUCCUUACUCUUUGAAUGUAACAUCAGCAAUACUAUCUUACAUGAAAUUGCAAAGGAAAACAUAUUUAUAGCUGAUGUUCUAUCAGCAUGGAGUGAUGUCACUCAUAACAUAGAAACCAAAACCAACAGUAAAACAAUUUUAUGGAACAAUAAAGACAUAACUUCAAACAAUAAGUCGUUUUUCUAUAAAGAUUGGUUUGAACGAAGCAUUAAAUAUGUCGACCAAUUAUAUGACUACAGAAUUAAAGAUUUCUACUUGUUUGAUGAUAUAUGCUACAUAUACGGAAUACCUUCAAAUAAUUUUAUGAAGUACUACACACUAACCAAAAGUAUACCCAUACAUAUUAAAUCUGGAAUCAAUACAAAAAAUACACCAUGCACUCAAACAACAUUCGUAGAAAACAUACUUGGAAGAAAAAAAAAAACAAAUAAAAUAUUUUACACACUACAAAUUAAAAACCCUACAGAACACUCCAAAAUCCAAAAUAAAUGGCAAGUCCUUUUCGGAGAACAUGAACUUAAUUGGAAACACAUAUUUACCAUGCCAUAUAAAGCAACUAUUGAAAGCACACUAAGAAAUUUUCAAUAUAAAUACAUCCAUAGAAUUAUAGCUACAAAUAAAUACCUCUUUAAAUGCAAAUUAUCUAACACAAAUCUGUGUGACUUCUGCGGUGAAAACAUUGAAACUAUAGAACAUCUUUUUUGGGAGUGCAAACACAUCCAGCCUAUUUGGAAUCAAUUAAUAUCUUUUCUUGAACAACAGCAACUAAACGUCAAACUAUCUUUCUUAAAUGUAAGUUUCGGAAUUAACUCAUUGAAAUCAAUAGACUAUAAUAAUAUAGUGAAUUUUAUUCUUAUAUUGAUGAAAUAUUUUAUCUUUAACAUGAAGUACAAAAAACAAGUACCAAAUUUUAAUUGUUUUGUCCAUAGUCUUAAACUAAAAAUCCAGAUUGAGAAAGAAAUAGCCCUCAGUAACGACACAUUACAAAUCUUUGAACAAAAAUGGAAUCAGAUUAAAUUCUCAUAAUGUUUUGUCCAGUUAUAUACAUUUCACUCUUAUGUUAGUUUAUCUUUCUAAAAUAGUUUUGUUUAUUUCUUUAUUUCAAUUUUUCAAUCAUACAACUUCAUUAUGAAUAUACAACAAAACACACAAGUCCAAUAUGCUUUCUUCCGACUUUAUACAACUCAUCAUUUUCAUAACUAUUCCUCUACUGUUUUUUUUCUUUUCUCUCUAAUUUUUUUUUAAUAUAUAUUAGCAUAUCUUGUAUAACAUGUCUGAACUUUAUUGCUUUGUACAAUCACUAUGUUGUAUGAUCAUAUACAUGUAUACAUUGUAUGUAUAAUAUUGAAUAAAAAAAAAUGUUUGUUUGUUUA